UGCACACUUCGAAAGUCCUAGGACUGAGCGACUGGCCGGAGCCCCCUAGCAAACCCUAUAACAACGGCGGAACCGACAUUGAUCGAACGAUCUUUGAACCUGUCCCUCGCACGACUUUAAUACAGUUUCUGUUCUUGCAAGAGGAGGGAAUCGAGCUUCAAUUGCAUACUUUCAAGGACAGCAAGCCUAGCUUUUCAUGAGAAGCUUCUUGGGCAUAAUCCUACGACACCCUCUCACACGAAAGCUCACCUUACUCGACAGUCACCGAAUAUGGCGCCUACACGGCCAGAAGGCCAGCUCAAUAUCAACCUGUCUGGACUGGGCACAAUCACUGAACCCUCUUCCAUUCCCACCACAAAGUCUCCGUUUGGAGCUACCAAGUCAUCGUCUGCCCUGACGGGCUUGUCAAGUGCAAGGGUCGGAGCUGGCUCCCCUCUGCACGAACAAGGCUCAAGACUAUUUCCCAAGCGCACUCGAGAACUGCAGUCGCAGAACACCUUGACCUCGAACAUCUGGGGCCCACCCACAAGCGGGACUUCUACGCCUCUAUUUGAGAUACCGGAGUCUCCCUCGCAAGAUGGCUUUCCAGAUCUCGUUCCCUUGACUGAGACUGGAAUCAACAGUCCUGCCAGAAGAGGUCGAGCUGGCACACUGCCGUCGAGAAUUUCCCCAGUCGGCACAAUCAACGGUGUUAACGUGCUGACUUCAAAGACGUCCCGCCCAACUCCAACUACAAGUCCAUUCCGGCCCAGUUCUACCUCUGCGGCCGAGUCAGCAUUCUAUUCGACAUCUUCAACCACCCCUAACUCUGGGAAUGCCGCUCUACUGUCCAGGCUUCGCGCAGGUAGCAUGCCCCAGCGUGCAAGCCUACUAGGCUCCUCCACGGGCUUUGGACAGAAUGCCUUCGGGGGUUCGAGUUGGGGCAAUAGGUCUCGUGCUGCCACUCUGACAAGUAUCAGUUCCGCCGAGGACCCUACGUCCCCCAACCUUUCUGGUUUCAAGGACGGAAUGUCAGAUUCUGGCGUACGGACACUCGACUAUCUUGGUCUAGCUGAAACUCCGCAACAAGCAAGACUAUCCGAUCUGCGUCCUGGCAAUGAUGAUUCUCAUGGUCAGGAGCCCAGUCUAUCUGACGUCCUCACGAACCUUGGUAUUCGCAACUCGAGCCGAUUUAGGUCUUUUUCCGUCAACACAGAGCCCAAAUUCGGGGCAGAAAAUCAAGAUCCGGCCUAUCAAAUGUUCUCUAGUGGCACGUUGACGCCAACAGCGGCAGCGGCUCUGGAGGCAGAGUAUGAACGUGUUCAAGAGAAGGUCCGGCUGCACAACCAGGCCGUUCAGGCUUUCGCCGUGAAUGCAACUGCUGCUCGGCCACGCGCUCGAACUGCCGGUCUAGUCGAGACACCACAACGCUCUUCCCUUCGUAAUUUGGUUCAGGCCACCCCGGAUUCCAUGGAUUUCAACUUCGACAUGCAAGGUGGCAACAGUAUUGACGAGCCCUCCUUCGCUGAAGCACUGCAUAAUCUCAACAUUGGUGAUAAUGCUCACCUGGGAUUCGAAGGAAUGGACGAUCCUGAUAACCAGGUCUCGCGAUCUCUGUGGAUAGGGUCUAUCCCAAAUUCGACUACGAUGUCAUCCUUGGAUGCCAUAUUCAGUCGCUACGGCCACAUCGAGUCCACCAGAGUCCUCACUCAUAAAAAUUGUGGGUUUGUCAAUUUCGAGACUGUCGAACAUGCCGUCCGCGCUCGGCAGCUUCUCAAUGGCAAAGAGAUAUUCCCAGGUGCGGGGCCCGUUAGGAUCGGGUUUGCUAAAGCUCCGAGUGCCUCCGUCUCUUUGACUCCUAUCGACAAUGUCACACCUCCCCCAGGCGUCAAUGGACAUCAAGAUCCGUUUGCCUCUUUCCAGCCAAAGGAUGGCAAUGCGAGCCCCAAUGAUCCGGCGAAUGGACAACAAGGCCUGAACAUGCCGGAAAGUCUCGCGGAUCUACAGUCUGACAUCCUACAAAUUGUGGCUGAUUUUGGUGGCCAACAGGCCGAUCUGUCCAUCAUUUCCACAAGCAUUGACAAUUCGAUCAAUUAUCAACAACUGGAGAAUGAAAUUCCUCCUAUUCCCGAGCCAUCUGCUACCAGGAUGUACGACGCACCCAGAUUACGAGAUAUCAGGAAACGAAUAGACAACGGAGCUUGUGGUCUGCAAGAAAUCGAGCAGACUGCCAUUGAUAUGUUGCCAGAGAUCGCCGAACUUUCCUCCGAUUAUCUCGGAAAUACCGUGGUCCAAAAACUUUUCGAGUUCUGUUCAGAACAGACCAAGGAAGAGAUGCUGAGUUGCAUCUCGCCUCAUCUUGCUGAGAUUGGGGUCCACAAGAACGGCACGUGGGCUGCUCAGAAGAUCAUCGAAGUUUGCAAGACUGAGAAUCAGACACGCAUGAUCAUCAAUGCUUUGCGCCCGUACACUGUUCCUCUGUUCCUCGAUCAGUAUGGAAAUUAUGUCCUGCAAUGUUGCCUUAGGUUUGGGCCACCUUACAAUGACUUUAUCUUCGAAACCAUGCUCAGCCAGCUGUGGGAAAUUGCACAAGGUCGAUUUGGUGCUCGGGCCAUGAGAGCGUGUCUGGAGGCUCAUCAUGCUACCAAGAACCAACAGCGGAUGAUGGCUGCCGCUAUUGCCCUGCACAGUGUUCAGCUCGCACAGAAUGCCAACGGCGCACUGUUGUUGACUUGGCUUCUCGAUACUUGCACAUUCCCAAGACGGCGUUCUGUUCUCGCUCCAAGACUCGUGCCUCAUCUUGUCCAGCUUUGCACUCACAAGGUUGCUUAUCUGACUGUGCUCAAAGUCAUCAACCAGCGCAAUGAGCCCGAAGCUAGGGAUGUGGUGUUGAAAGCUCUGUUUUUCAGUCCCGAGGAUAGAGUACUUGAGCAGAUCCUUUGCGAUCAGACAUCAGGGGUUACGUUGAUCUUCAAGAUCUUGACCACGCCAUUCCUUGACGAUAAUAUGCGGCCCGACGUUGUACACAAUGUCUCCAAAGUCCUCACCAAAAUCAAGGCUCAACCUAACCAAGGCUACAAGAGGAUAAUGGAUGAAGUAGGCAUGUCAUCCCGACCUGGUCCGCCUCAAGCACAAACGUAUUCUUCUCACGCGCAUCCCAUCAAUGACCGUGGACACCAGAUGUCCCAGCCUGUUAAUGGAAUACAACAGCAAGGCUAUCAACGCUCGUACAACACCAACUUUGUGCCCAAUGUCAACACGAACACUUAUGAGAACGGCAUGAGCCCUAUGCGAAGUGGCUCGGCUGAUUCGUUCGGUUACGCUUCUUACAAUCCCAACAGCUUCCAACCACAGCAGUCAUACCCUCAAGUACCCUAUCAUCAAAUGGCGCAACCACAAUUUCAAAACUAUGGUACAACACAAAGAGCCAACAACGGCUUCAUGAAUAAUGGAUAUGCGGGUUAUGCAACUCCUCCUUCGUCUGUCGACCCUUUCCGCACCAUGCCGAACCCAUCAGCAUCGCCUAUCUCUUUUACUACGCAGAUGAGCCCUGUCAUUGGCUCUGGAGGGUUUGCGCCUCAAAAUUACCCUCAAACUAUGCCCAACAACAUGUACAACUAUUCGCCGCAACAGCAACAGCAAUAUUUCUUUACGCCACCAAUGCAGAAUGGCCAUCCUGGUGGACGUGGCCGAAGAGUAAGCAGGACCUGAUCAUCGUUCUGGUUCGGUACUAAUGCGUGCACAGAGAGUCAUUUCUUGAGUCCAUCUACAUGGUACAACUAUAAGUCGACUGUGCGCGGCUG